UUUAUCUUCAUCACAACAAAGCAUUUCCAUCUUCAGCAUUCAGCGACUCUUUUUUCCUACUUUCCUAUCUUCCUUGUUAGGUUUUUAGAUUUCAGUGUCUCAUUUUUCACACAUUCUAUCUACUCCACCUCCCAACACCAACACCAAGAAAACAUAUCCAACAUGCACACCACCGCUUUCCUCACCACCCUCCUCACCACCGCUCUGGCCGCUCCACACAACUACGCCCGCCCCACAAGAGACAACGGCAUAACCGUAGCCCUAAUCUCCAUCUCCCCAGAGCUCCAAACCCAAACCGUCCUCCGCGACGGCAUCGUCGACAAGUCCCCCCCAGUCGGCUCCCAAGGCCCGUACUCACAAGUCUCCAUCACGGUCGGCCCACAAGCCUCCAACAAAGCCAUCCGCUGCCAACUCCUCGACACCGCCGGGACCCCGAUCCCCGCGCGCCGCAACGGAAACCUCGACACGACCUUCGCUGACGGCGACGCCGGAGCCUGGACGUUCGUAACCCCCGACCAACUCGUAUCAGAAAUCAUCUGCGAUCCGUCGUUCAAGAAAGCCGAACCCAUCACCCCCCCUACUGUAAACACCACCGCCCCUCCCUCUUCCUCCUCCCCCUCAGACGAAAUCCGCGUCCUCCUAAGCAACCAAGCAACCGAAACCGGAAUCUCCUUCCGCCUCCCCAACUCGGGCGUCCGCGAGGAACUCGAGGUCAAGAGCACCGAGAUGUUCAAGGACGUGCGUAUCUUUUCGCCCGCUGCCGUGGAGAAUUCGCUUAGGUGCCAGAUCCUUGAUAAAGCGGGGGAUGCGGUGACGGCGAAGCGUGGGGAGAAUGUUGAUACUACGUUUUCGGAUGGCGGGAAGGAGGAGUGGGGGUUUGUUAGGCCGGUUAUGACGACGGUUGGGAGGAUUGUUUGUGAUCCUGCGUUUGUGAAGGCUAGUGCUUAGAUGGGCGGGGGGUUUUUGAUGGAGGAGGGGGGGUUUGAGAUGGUGGUUUGGGAGAGGGGAUUUGCUGGUUUUGCUGGUUUGGUUGUUGAGGAUUGUCUCUUCUUCUUCUUCUUCUUUUUAUGAUUUGGUUCUUUUGGAUUUUGUUUUUAUUCGUUUGCAUUGCGCGGUAUUUCGAGGGGGGAUAAUCUUUCUUGACGCUCUUUCAUCUUGCAUGGCAUUUUAGAUUUCUUCAACGACGAUGAUGGGUGGUUUGUGGAUUUAGGUUCUUGGGCGAUUUACUAGAAAACAAUAUUGUUGUGAUAACCUCUUGGACUUCUGUCUGCAGCGAGUGAUGGUGCUUGAGGCAUGCUAUCGUAAUAAGCUUCAAUCUGAUACUUCGAUCUAUUCGAUCUGUUCCAGGACCACAUCAUUGGUAUUUGGAGCAUAGGAUACAGACCGACUCUACCAACGGAAGCUAGGUGGAUAUUCAUCCUCAGUCCGUAUAGUGCGGUCUAGAGCGGAUCCUCCGCCGUACUGUAGCUUGUUCCUCACUUCCAACUAUUGACACGAUAGCCCAUGAGUAACCAAAGACACGCUGCGAAGUAAUCCAUGGUAACCAUUUUGUCCGCAAGUAAAGACACAUCCAAAAAAAAAAAGGCGUCGUAUAUCUCAUCAAU